AACUGGAAUGCUUGUCCCAAAAUAGAUAGCUGUGUGUUGAUAAGGGCCAGCUGGAGGGAGUAGAUCUUCACAGUCCAGGUCUGGGCAGAGAGCUCUGGGACGGCUCGGGAACAGGACAUGUCAGAACGCCAAGUGCCCUUCACUUUCCUACGCAGCCCCAGCUGGGACUGGUACAGGGGCAGCAGGCUCUUGGACCAGUCUUUUGGGAUGCCACUUAUUCCUGAAGACUGGUACAAGUGGCCUGCAGGGACCACCAGCUGGCCAGGCUACGUACGACCCCUGGUCAGUUCAAGUCCAGAGCCAGUGGCCGCUAGCCCCGUCGUCAGCUCGCCAGGAGCCAACCCUGCCUACAACCGGGCUUUGAACCGCCAGUUGAGUAGUGGCAUCUCUGAGAUCCGGCAGACUUCAGACAGCUGGAAAGUGGUUUUGGAUGUCAACCACUUUGCACCAGAAGAGUUGGUGGUGAAGACGAAAGAUGGUGUGGUAGAAAUCACUGGCAAACAUGAAGAAAGACAAGAUGAGCAUGGGUUCAUUUCCAGAUGUUUCACAAGGAAAUACACGCUGCCUCCUGGCAUUGAUGCAACUGUGGUCCGAUCAUCACUCUCCCCAGAUGGCAUGCUGACAGUGGAAGCACCCUUGCCCAAACCAGCCAUUCAGUCUGCAGAGAUCACAAUCCCAGUCACUUUCGAAGCCCAUGCCCAGAUCCCUACAUCGGAUGUCAAGAAGCCUGAGGAGGCCAUCAAGAAAUAAACAGCUUUCAAGAUUCACAAGUUUGGUAUAGAAAAUGGGCAUUUAAAAUCUCCCAUAUAUUCCGUUUUGUAGUCAGGCUUCCAAAUAAAACUCUAAAA